AUGGCGAACAAUCAAGCUGAUGAAUGUGCGAUUUGUCUGGAAGUAGUCCGCACGAUUCCACUGACAGAUAACUGGGUAAUUGUGCGUCAGCAACAACUCAUAUCACUCACCACAAUCUACUGCUGUAAAGAAUCUCACUCAAGGAAGAUGGGAAGACAUAAGAAAAACAAGAAGACAUUCAAGCUUGUGCAGACGGCUGAGGAGAAGAACAUACAUCACAAGAAAGGAGCAAAGCUAGCUGAGCUACAGAAGCUUGAGCAACAGAAGCCCAAGGCGUUCGUAUUCCAAGAAUUCGAGGAAGAAGAACUUAGUGACCACGAAUGUUACGACUAUCCUUCGACUUCGGGUAUAGGCGCUAAACUUGCCGCUAAGGAGUUCAGCCUAGAAAAAGAUCUGGAACUCAUCAGUCGUUUUUUCGAAGGCCGUAAAUUUGAUGUGGAGGUCCACUGCAAAAAGAACGCUCUGACAUUCCUUUCGGCUUCGAAAUGUCCUGACUGUCAGAGGAUCAUGAAAAAGCCUAGCGACGGACGCCAGGUCCUCACAUGCCCGAAGCACUGCGCUUAUAAGAAGUAGAAGUCAGGCACAUGCACACCACAACUGAGACGAGGUUCGAGCUUAUGGCAGUACAAACAUCCACCUACUCGCACACUCGUUUCCAAUCAAAUUUAUCGUGGUUGUGCUUCGUUGUCAAUCAUCCACUUCAUCUCUACUUAUUGUAAUCAUCCACUUCAUCUCUAUUCAUUGUCUUUCUCGAAUCCAUAUCGAUUAUGAUUGUAGCAAGUGAUAUUAUUAUCACUUGUUUGGGUACUCAAAUACUUGUU